CACCUUUCACAUCUAUAUGAUCCAACUUCCGUUAAGUUUUGUUUUUCUGCUGCUCAUUUUCUUUCUCAUUCCUUUUUAUGUUCCACUUAUGUUUGAAGAUUGAGACGUUUCCAUUUUCAGAUUAAAUAAUGAGCGAUGAUAAACGCGAUGGGUCAAAGCCGGAAGAACAGGACUGGGCUGCAGCUAAGGCUUUCUAUGACAGCUUGGGAGCUACAUCAAAGAAACCCAAACUACCCAAGCCCCAGACUGCUAUAACUAUUGCGGUGUCAUCUCGGACACUCUUCGAUAUGAAUGAAGAAAAAGACAUCUAUGAAAAUGAGGGCGUCGAGCAGUAUGUGAAGUACCAAGAGGAGCACGAAAACACACCCCUGGCCCCCGGAGCGGCUUUUCCCUUUGUAAAGGCAGUCAUGAAUGUUAAUGUUCGCUUGCGUGAGCUGUAUCCAGAAAGUGAAGAGCUGUUUGAUGUUGUUCUCAUGACAAACAAUCAUGCCCAAGUUGGAGUGCGGCUCAUUAACAGCAUCAAUCAUUACGAUUUAGGAAUAGAGAGAUUUUGUAUGACUGGUGGAAAAAGCCCUAUUGGAUACCUCAAGGCCUAUCUUACCAACCUCUAUCUUUCUCAGGAUUCAGUGAAAGUUCGGGAAGCAAUAGAAGAAGGUAUUGCAGCUGCCACAAUGUUUACUCCAAAGAAAGAAGUUGUGCUGUCUGAUAUACAGCUGAGGGUUGCAUUUGAUGGGGAUGCAGUUCUUUUCUCAGAUGAGUCAGAAAUUAUUGUAAAGGAGAAGGGAUUAGACUCAUUUUUUGAGCAUGAGAAGGAAUUUGAAAAUAAACCUUUAGCACAGGGACCUUUAAAAUGUUUCUUGGAGGCACUAGGGAAAAUACAGCGAAAGUUUUAUGAAAAAAAUGAGCGACUUGACUGCCCAGUAAGAACCUAUCUGGUGACAGCCAGAAGUGCUGCAAGUUCUGGAGCCAGAGCUUUAAAAACACUGAGGAGCUGGGGACUGGAAAUUGAUGAGGCUCUCUUCCUGGCUGGAGCCCCUAAAGGUCCUUUACUCGAAAAAAUACGUCCUCACAUCUUCUUUGAUGAUCAGAUGUUUCAUAUUGAAGGUGCCCAACAGCUGGGCACCAUUGCUGCUCACGUUCCCUAUGGAGUUGGACAAAGACAUCAUGUUAAAAAAGAUGCCAAAUGAUAAUGUAUCUGCAACUUAUUUUUUCUAAAAGCAGAGUCACUAAUUGAUGGAUAUUACAUCUUUUAAGUCAGUACUCUUAAAAAAAGAAAAGCCCAACAUACUGUGGAGCAUGACAUAAAAAACCUCAGGGUAUGUUUUAGUUUUGUUAUAAAUUUGUCAGAAUAAUGACUAUAUUGGUAUGUAAUGAUAAUCACUACCACUGAUUACUAUGAGUGAUUCAUGUGUAAAGCACAUCUUAAAAGUAAGAUCUUUAGCUUUAUACUCUCCAAAACUAAACUUGUAUUGAACAAAUUACAAAUUUGUAUAGUAUGUAUUCAAAAACUAAUUAAUGACCACAUUGCCAGUUUAUAAAUUCGGUUAAUCCAGUUCAGUGACACAGAUUAAUUAGUAUGAUAUCUGAGAUAUUUAAAAUAUUUGUUUCUAUUUUAUUUCCCUUUAUUAGUUUAUUAUGAAUUCUUUACAAUAAGUGUGGUACAGAAUAAGUGAGUAUACGAUAGGAAAUGCAAUAUUUCACAUUUAAUUCAAAUUACACACUAUAAUAAUGUAGCAUUCUUAAACACACUUAAUCCAAUUCACCCUGGACAUGGUACUAUUCCAUCACUUACACACACACUCACUCUCUGUCAUACAUUCCAAAUUGACUCUAGCUAGCAUGACUUUGGGGAUGUGCAAAGAAAACACUGGAGUACCUGGAGGAAUAUGCAUAUUGCACGCAACAGCAUCCAGGUGCAAUAUAUGAAUGUUGCACAGUGGCCAAGUUUCUAUAUUGCAGCACUACCCACUGUACCACCAUUUUUUUUCUUAUUUAUUUAGUUUUAUAAAUAAAUUAAUCCAAAGUCCAGUUUGUCAAUGUUAAAAAGUGACCAUCUUUAGCUUUAUUAAUUAACUGAAUAUUUUCUGCCAUUAUCCAUUGUUGUCUUGCCGUGCUGCUGGAGAAUUUCUAUUCAUUUCUUAACUAGAAACUGUUUCUACCAAGUUGUAUUUACAUGUUUUUAAUGCAAAUAGCAGAUUUCAGAUUCUGACAAGACUGAUUUGUCCAUUUCAAAAGAUAUGACUUUAUUAUUUUAGUCAUUCUGGGUUUUAUAUGUUGUCUUUCUGCACUACUCCUUUGUGGUUCAGAAUGAUGGCCUGAGAGUGUCAUUCACAGUACUCAGGCCCAAAGGAUAAUUUGUAGUUCUUUCAAUGAAAGAUAGUAAGGAAGCCCCAGAUUCUGUCACCGCAAUAGGUGUGCAGUGACCCACCGAAUUGUUUUUAAUCAUUCCCAGACUGAUAGAUUUAAUUUAUUUUGAGGUUUUUCAAUAUAUCUUUUAUAUUAAGCCUGUGUUUCUCAGGAAUACAUGUAGUGUGAAUGUCAAUUAGAUGAACUUCAUUUUCACAGAUGCAUAAUGUUCUGUUCAUCAUCUCCAUCUGUGAAUGGUACUUUUAACUAGGCAAAACAAUCAUGAAUUAUUGUUAUCAUUAACACAAAAGGUCAGGAUAUAAUUCAAGUACGGAGUGACUUACAACAUGUUUUUGCAUGUUGUAGGCUUGCACUGUUUCUUCUUACUCAGUGGGGAAUGUUUUAUUUGUUUUGUUUUUUUUUAGUGUCCCUUUCAUUCUAAUGCAAGGUAUGAAAAAAAAUCCUAAAAUGUUUGAUUUAGAGGUAUGUAAUUGUUAAUGU